GCCCGCAGGAAGCGGCACGCACCGAAUACACGUGAGGCGUGUCCCGCCCGUGUUUUCACCCGAGCCCCGCCGCUGGACGAGCAACUGGCCCCUGCGCGGUCGCGGAGGAGACGUCCGGGUGUUUAAUGACAAAACUCAGAGAAGGGGACGCCACCAUGGUCAGCCGCGUCUCCACGGGCAUUUCCUGCUCUUAAACACGAGACCCGAUAUCCGCGCCGCCGACAAGGUGAUCCGGACGAGGUCGACUUGAUUAGGAUCUGCCAUGUUCCCUGAUGCCCUCGAAGCAGCCGGGCGGGUGGAGGGCCUGCCACUGUCCUCCCCGCAACCGCUACGGGAGCUCGAGGAAGAGGAAGCAGAGGCAGCGGUGGAGAGGGGGCCAAAGAGACGAGGGCGCUACCGGCAAAGCCUACAGCUUUUAAAGCCCUUCAGGAUAACUCACAAGCACCAGCACCCAGUCGAUAACGCCGGCCUCUUCUCAUUUAUGACUCUGCACUGGCUCUCCCCACUGGCACUGAAGGCCUACAAGGCGUCCAGCUUGUCUAUAGAUGAUGUGUGGGGACUGUCUUGCCACGAAGCCUCCGAAAUCAACUGCCAAAGGCUUGAAUUUUUGUGGCAUGACGAGCUGAAAAGACGAGGGCGAGAGGGGGCAUCCCUGACAAGAGUCUUCUGGAGGUUCUGCCAAACUCGCAUGCUGGUGGCCAUCUUUUCCCUCCUCCUCACAAUGGUAGCAGGCUUCGUUGGGCCCGCUCUCCUGGUUCGAGCUCUGCUGGAGUAUUCCCAGAGCUUCGAGACCUGCGUGCCAUACGGCCUGUCUCUGGUAGCUGGGAUCUUCCUAAUGGAACUGAUUCGCUCCUGGUCUCUGGCACUUAUGUGGGCCGUCAACUACCGCACUGCAGCACGCCUCCGUGGGGCAGCUCUUACUUUUGCCUUCCACAAAAUCCUCUGCCUGCGCAGCACUAAAGACAUCGGUCCAGGCGAGUUGAUCAACAUCUGCUCCAGUGAUGGCCAGCGCCUGUAUGAAGCUGUGUCAGUGGGCUGCCUGCUGGUUGGGGGGCCCAUAGUGGGAAUACUGGGACUGUCCUACACCACAUACUUCCUGGGACCCACUGCUCUAGUGGGGUCAGCCAUUUUCAUCAUCUUCUAUCCUACGAUGAUGCUUGCAUCAAGGCUGACUGCGUAUUUCCGCAAGAAGUGUGUGGCGGUGACUGACCGGCGCGUGAGGCUGAUGAACGAGAUCUUGGGCUGCAUAAAGUUCAUCAAGAUGUAUUGUUGGGAAAAUGCCUUUGCACAGAAUAUUCACAAGGUGCGAUCUGAAGAGAGGGGGAUACUGGAGAGAGCUGGGGUCAUCCAGAGCCUCACAGUGGGCGUUGCUCCCAUCGUUGUGGUGCUAGCUAGUGUCUGCACUUUCACGCUACACAUGGGCUUAGGUUACGACCUUACUGCAGCUGAGGCUUUCACUGUGGUUGCAGUUUUCAACUCCAUGACCUUUGCCCUGAAAGUCACACCAUUGGCAGUGAGGUCACUGUCAGAGGGUGCUGUGGCAGUCAAAAGAUUUCAGAGGCUCUUCAUGAUGGAUGACAGAGAGGUCGUUUUGGUCAAAAUGGAGGAUCCCUGCAAUGCAGUGGAAUUUCAGGAUGCCACACUGGCUUGGGAGAAGGCGCGUGCUCCAGCUGCAAAACCUCCUCCAAAGAAGCAAGGAGGGAUGAAGCGCGUGCUGCGAAGGGAGAAGCUUAGCCUGUACAUUUCCACAGAGGACGGCAAAGGAAACAAGGAGGGCCCCAAUGCACAAAGUCUCCUCACAAAUAUGGAGCAGGAGAGUCCACAAAGCACCAUCUCAUCUACUCAAAGCAUACGACCUCCACUGCACAAGACCCUGCACCGCAUUGACCUGCGCAUUAAGAGGGGUUCACUGGUUGGGAUCUGUGGAGGCGUCGGGAGCGGAAAGAGCUCUCUUCUGUCUGCUUUGCUGGGACAGAUGACCCUGUUAGAGGGUAAUGUAGCUGCCAGUGGUGGUUUUGCUUACGUAUCUCAACAACCAUGGAUCCUCAAUGACUCACUCAAGGAGAACAUCCUGUUUGGAAACGAGUAUGACGAAGACAAAUAUAAUGCUGUCCUGGAAGCCUGCUGUCUUCUCGCAGAUCUUGAAGAGCUCCCAUUCAAAGACAUGACAGAGAUCGGAGAGAGGGGUGCCAACCUAAGUGGAGGGCAGCGUCAGAGAGUGAGUCUGGCUCGUGCUCUCUACAGUGAGCGCCCCAUACUUCUCCUGGACGACCCUCUCAGUGCUGUCGAUGCUUGUGUGGGUUCCCAUGUCUUCUAUAAAGCUAUCAAGGGUGACGCCAAAGGCAAGACUGUGCUCUUUGUAACCCACCAGCUGCAGUAUCUGUCUGAGUGUGACGACGUUAUUCUGAUGAAGGACGGCCAGAUUGCCGAGCAUGGCACCCAUGCACAGCUAAUGGCUAAAGAGCGUGACUAUGCGACCCUAUUCAGCAGCAUGCAACAGGAGAAUCUGGUGAAAGAGAAUUUAAAAAACAAACAGCAGGGGGCAGGUGCAGACAAGGCUGACAGGGGUGUUGACGUUGCCAAGGUUAGACCAAAGGUGGAAAGCAAGGAAAGAGAACAAUUGAUGAAAGCUGAAGAGAAGGGCUCUGGUGCAGUCACCUGGUCUGUGUAUGGUGCCUACAUCAAAGCAGCAGGAGGUCCAUUAGUCUUCAUCAUCAACAUCUUCUUCUUCCUCUCCACCACAGGCAGCGUAGCCUUCAGUAACUGGUGGCUGAGCCACUGGAUCAGGCAGGGCAGUGGGAACACAUCAUUAAUCUUGGUGAAUGAAACAAUGGCAAGCAACAGCAUGAGACUCAACCCUCACAUUCAGUACUAUUCAACUGUUUAUGUCGUCUCCAUGGGAGCUGCUUUAUUGCUGAAGACCGCGAGAGGGCUGGUGUUUGUGAAGUGCACGGUGAAGGCUGCCUCUGCGCUCCACGACAACCUGUUCCGCCAGCUCCUUCUCAGCCCCAUGCACUUUUUCGAUACAACACCUCUGGGUCGUAUCCUGACCCGCUUCUCCAGGGACAUGGAUGAGGUGGAUGUUCGUCUGACUAUGCAAGCUGAAAUGCUGCUGCAGAACCUGACCCUGGUGCUUUUUUGCUUGGGAAUGGUGGGCAUCGUCUUCCCCUGGUUCCUGAUCUCCAUCCUGCCCCUGGGAGUUUUCCUCUGCAUUGUCAACCGUGUUUCCAGGGUUUUGAUUCGCGAGCUGAAGCGCCUGGAGAACAUCAGCCAAUCACCGUUCACCUCCCACAUCACCAGCAGUCUUCAGGGACUCUCCACCAUCCACGCAUAUGGAAGAGGGCACGACUUCCUCCAGAGAUAUCAGGAAUUAUUGGACACCAACCAGGCCUCCAACUACCUCUUCAGUUGUGCAAUGCGUUGGCUGGCUGUCCGCCUGGACCUCAUCAGCAUCUCUCUUAUCACUGCUGUAGCACUUCUCAUUGUCUUCAUGCACAAUCAGAUACCUCCAGCCUAUGCAGGCCUGGCCAUAUCAUACGCAGUGCAGCUGACCGGCUUGUUUCAGUUCACGGUGAGGCUGCUCACAGAGACCGAAGCUCGGUUCACAUCAGUUGAGAGGAUCAAUCAUUAUAUAAAGUGUCUACAGAGUGAAGCGCCCCGACAAAGUCCUGAGGCAGACGCUCCUGCCCCCUCCUGGCCUCAGCAGGGAAAGAUCGACUUCCAGAAUGUGGAGAUGCGUUAUCGUGAUGAUCUGCCGUUGGUGCUCAAGACCCUGUCCUUCACUAUCCAGCCUGAAGAGAGCAUCGGCAUUGUGGGCCGCACAGGAUCAGGAAAGUCCUCUCUGGGUGUCGCUCUGUUCAGACUGGUGGAGCUGACAGGAGGCUCAAUUAUCAUUGACGGGAUCAAUAUUGCACAGAUUGGUCUGGAUGACCUGCGGAGCAAGCUGGCCAUCAUUCCUCAAGAGCCCGUGCUCUUCAUUGGCACCGUCAGGACCAAUUUAGACCCAUGGGAUCAGUACUCCGAUUCUCAGAUAUGGGAAGCUCUUGAGAAGACACACAUUAAAGAAAUGGUCAGCCAGCUGCCUCACUCCCUCCACUCAGAGGUGACAGAGAACGGAGAGAACUUCUCGGUGGGAGAGCGGCAGCUGCUCUGUGUGGCCAGGGCCCUGCUGAGGAACAGCAAGGUCCUUAUACUGGAUGAGGCAACGGCAGCCAUCGACACUGAGACAGAUCGUCUCAUCCAGGAGACCAUUCGCUGCGCAUUUGGCAGCUGCACCACCCUCAUCAUCGCCCAUCGUCUCAACACAGUGAUGAGCUGCAGCCGGGUCAUGGUCCUGGACAGUGGCAAGAUUUUGGAGUUUGACAGUCCCACUUCCUUGCUGGCAGAUGAAAACUCAAGAUUCAGAGCCAUGAUAGAGGCAUCAGAAAACCAAAGCAGAUAAAAGGUGCAGGAGCUGAACUUGAGACGUGAGCUGUAGCACCACAAAAUCUUCAGUGGAAUACGUGAAUUGCACAAAAAAAAAA